CAUCUCUCCGCUCUCACCUCGCAGCCUCACUCGCAGCUCCACAGCUUCCAAGACCUCGCUUUUGCCUGCUGCCGGACGCUCGCUCGCUUGGUUACUUCACUCCGAUCGAGGAGAAGAAAUAAAGCUGAAAGAGGAAGCUCGUUCGCAGUAGUCGUGAAGCCGCCUCACAACGGCAUGACGCACAUGGUUCCGAUGGAGGUGUCGGUGGAGGCCGGGAACGCCGGGGAGGCCGCGUGGCUGGACGACGACGGCCGCCCCCGCCGCACGGGCACGAUGUGGACGGCUAGCGCGCACAUCAUCACCGCCGUCAUUGGCUCCGGCGUGCUCUCCCUCGCCUGGGCCAUCGCGCAGCUCGGCUGGGUGGCCGGACCCGCCGCCAUGCUCCUCUUCGCCUUUGUCACCUACUACACCGCCACGCUGCUCGCCGAGUGCUACCGCACGGGCGACCCCUCAACGGGGAAGCGGAACUACACCUACAUGGACGCCGUCCGGGCCAACCUCGGCGGCCCCAAGGUCGCCUUCUGCGGCAUCAUACAGUACGCCAACCUCGUCGGCGUUGCCAUCGGGUACACCAUCGCGUCGUCCAUCAGCAUGAAGGCCAUCAGGAGGGCCGGCUGCUUCCACCAGAACGGACACGGCGACCCGUGCAAGAGCUCCAGCAACCCCUACAUGCUCCUCUUCGGCGCCGUGCAGAUCCUCUUCUCGCAGAUACCGGACUUCGAUCAGAUUUGGUGGCUCUCCAUCGUCGCCGCCGUCAUGUCCUUCACCUACUCCAGCAUCGGCCUCUCGCUCGGCAUCGCACAGACCAUCUCGAACGGUGGGUUCAAGGGCAGCCUCACCGGCAUCAGCAUCGGCGCUGACGUCACCUCGACGCAGAAGGUCUGGCACAGCCUGCAGGCCUUUGGCGACAUCGCCUUCGCAUACUCCUUCUCCAACAUCCUCAUCGAGAUCCAAGACACGAUCAAGGCGCCGCCACCGUCGGAGGCGAAGGUGAUGAAGAAGGCGACGAGCCUGAGCGUGGCGACGACGACGAUCUUCUACAUGCUUUGCGGGUGCAUGGGGUACGCGUCGUUCGGCGACGCGGCGCCGGACAACCUCCUCACGGGGUUCGGCUUCUACGAGCCCUUCUGGCUGCUCGACGUCGCCAACGUCGCCAUCGUGGUGCACCUCGUCGGCGCCUACCAGGUCUUCUGCCAGCCCAUCUUCGCCUUCGUUGAGCGCCGCGCGAACGCCGCGUGGCCUGGCAGCGCCUUCAUCACCCGGGAGCUCCGCGUUGGGCCCUUCGCGCUCAGCGUGUUCCGUCUAACCUGGCGGUCGGCGUUCGUGUGCCUCACCACCGUCGUCGCCAUGCUGCUGCCAUUCUUCGGCAACGUCGUCGGCCUCCUCGGCGCUGUCUCAUUCUGGCCGCUCACCGUCUACUUCCCGGUCGAGAUGUACAUCAGGCAGCGCGGCGUGCCACGAGGAAGCACGCGGUGGAUCUGCCUCCAGACGCUCAGCGUCACCUGCUUCGUCGUGUCCAUCGCCGCCGCGGCUGGCUCUAUCGCCGACGUCAUCGACGCCCUCAAGGUCUACCGGCCCUUCAGCGGCUAACGUCGUCGGAGCCGUACGUGCAUGGAUCAUUCCUUGCGGCUAAUCCAUCGUACAAACAAGAGGAAGAAAGAACUUAGUGUGAGACGUUUGCACCAAAGCACCAAGGAGGUGUUGUUUGUGAUAUAGACUCAAGCGUAGUUUUGUUCAAGUUUUGUUGUGCAACCUGUUGUUUCUGAGAAAUUUCAAGUAAUAUAUGAAGAGAAGAGCGAAAAAAUACCUUCCAUAUGAAGCUUGC